AUGUCUCAGUCUACACUGUACGCUCAAAAAUACAGAAAGGAGUGGGAAUCAAAGCCUGAAUUCAAAGGCUGGUUGAAGCUGUUUGUUGGAGAUGAUACAUGGGCAUACUGCCUGUCAGACACGGAGAAGGUUGAUUAUUUUUAUGAGGAUGAUAACAGCUCAGAAGUAUGCGAACUUAAAAGCAACUAUGCACAAUCGGUGACAAACCAGAUCUACUCUGUGAUUUGUGCACUUGGACUGUUGGGCAAUGUCUUGGUCAUCAUCACAUAUGCAUGUUAUAAGAAAGCCAGGACCAUUACCGAUAUCCUGCUAGUAAACGUGGCCUUGUCAGAUCUUCUCUUUGUCCUCGCCCUGCCUCUGAUCAUAUAUAAUGAGCAAUAUAACUGGAGCAUGGGCACUUGGGCCUGCAAGUUGCUACGAGGAGUCUACAGCAUCAACCUGUAUAGCAGCACACUCCUGUUGGCCUGCAUUAGUGGAGACCGCUACGUUGCUAUUGUUAAAGCUCGGCGUUCUUUUGUACUCCGCCUCAAAGCAAAAAUCUACAGUCGGUUAAUCUGCUUAACAAUAUGGCUACUUGCCAUUGCGUUAUCUAUGCCAACAUUUAUAUUCUCCUCCCUGAGCAAAGAGCCGUUAUUCACUGACUUUAACGACGUGCAUGACUUUAAUGUAAAUGAGUGUACCCUACAGUUUAUGACCAACAGAACUGCCAAACUGAUGAAGAUCCUUGUGCCCAGUACUCAGGUGUCUGUGGGUUUCUUUUUGCCCCUGCUGGUGAUGGCUGUUUGCUACACCAGUGUCAUGGUAACUCUACUCCGAGCACAGAAUUAUCAAAAGCAUAAGGCAGUGCGAGUGGUUCUGGCUGUAGUUGUGGUGUUCAUCCUUUGCCAUCUACCCUAUAAUACCACUCUGCUGAUCCACACCACCAGGCUGUUCAAUCUGAGAGACUGCAAGACAGAACAAAACAUCUUGCUGGCUUUAUCUGUAACCAAAAGUAUGGCGUAUCUACACUGUUGCCUGAACCCAAUUCUUUACGCCUUCAUCGGAGUCAAGUUUAGGAAUCAUUUCUACCAGAUCAUGGAGGACCUGUGGUGCUUAGGGAAAAGGUACUUCUCCCCCAGACGUUCCUCGCAGCAAACUACCGAAAUGUACAUUCCUGCACAGAAGUCUAUGGCUGAACCCUGUCAUGAUAAAAAUUCCUCAUUUACAAUGUAA